AUGUCUAAUAAAACUUCUUCUUUGUCUUCUUUCAAUUCUUCUUCGUUAAAACAAACAGAAGCCGAGGCGUUCGCGUUUCGGAAACUUCUGGAGCACAUGAAGUGGAGAAACGAAACCAUUCAAAACAUAGAGAUGAUGAACUUGACUGGUUUCUGUCGAAACUGUUUAGCCAAGUGGUUGUUGUUGGGGAAGAAAAAUGUACGACUGAAAAGCACGUACGAGCUGUGUCAAGAGGAAGUGUACGGGAUGACGCAAAAGGAAUGGAAAGAGAAGUGGCAGUCGAAAGCGACGGAGGAGAUGUUGGAGAAAUUUAAGAGCGGGCAAGAGAUGCACGCGAAACACCCGAAAGAUUUGAUGACGACGACGACGACGACAACGACUUUGGAAGCAGCAACAUUACCGUUGACACAACCACGGUAUUAUUCAGGAGGUAACAAUAACACCAACAACAGAAUGCUCUCAGACGUGUGCUGCGAAGAUAUCGAAGAAGAUGCGGUAUGUAUCAACAGAGGAGGAGGAGGAGUAGAUGGCACGAAUAGUGGUGAUGGUAACAGUGACAUAUCUUUCGGUAUCAUAACUGUAUCAGACCGAGCGUUCAACGGCGUUUACGAAGACAUCUCCGGUAACGUCGUCAUGAGAGAAACCAUCGAGACGUAUUUUACUACUGAUGAUGUUAGCAAAAGUAGCACACAUAUCAUUAAAGGAUACAAGCUCGUCCCGGACGAGGAAGAGGAGAUUGCAAAAGCGAUCGUAUACAUGUCGGACGAACUGAAAUGCGACGUGAUUUUGACCACCGGAGGAACCGGUUUAGCGAAAAGAGACGUCACGCCCGAGGCGACGAAGAGCGUACUCACGAGAGAAGUGAAGGGCAUAGCAGAAUCGCUCAGAGCACACGCGCGGCGAUACGAAAAACACGCCGCAUUAUCGCGGGCAGUUGCUGGGUUGCGAAAUAACCAGAGUUUAAUCGUAAACUUACCCGGUCGGCCGAAUGCGGUGUCGUCGAGUUUAGGGGUGUUACUUCCGAUGUUGCGGCACGCCGUUCGGCAACUUAAAUCUUAA